AUGCAGAGUAUUAAAAUUUACCACGGACCUCCUGGCACGGGCCCGAACCCCUGGAAAGUUAUCAUUGUCUUGAAGGAAUUGAGCUUACCAUGGGAGUUUGUCUGGAUACCUUACUCUGAGAUCUACAAGGAACCCUACCUCAGCCUCAACCCAAACGGUCGUUUACCCGCCAUGAUCGACCCCAACACCAACGUCACCCUUUUCGAGUCUGGUGCGAUUGUUCAGUAUCUCAUCGACCAGUAUGACAACAAACAUUUGCUCAGUUAUCCGGUAGAUAACCUUCAAGAGAAAUGGGCAACAAACAGCUGGCUCAUGGUACAAAUGAGUGGGCAGGGCCCAAUGUUUGGUCAGAAGAUGUGGUUCACCUAUUUUCAUCAGAAGAGAAACGUGGAGACAGCGAUUUCGAGAUAUGGCGAGCAGAGUAGGCGCAUUAUGCAAGUAAUCAAUGAACAUUUACGAAAGCGGCGACAAGAGUUGAAGUUGGACAUUGACAGCCCGGUCUGGCUGGUUGGGGAUCGAUGCACCUAUGGGGACCUAUCAUUUGUCCCCUGGAACAUCCUGCUCUUAACUGCCUUAUUUCCAGACGAAGAGCUCAAGCCCGAAGAGAACUAUCCUGAGUGGUUCAAGUGGCAUCAAGAAAUGAUCGCAAGGCCUGCUGUUGCUGAGGCACUCAAAGAGAGAGCGCAUGCGAUGGAGACGAUGGAAGAUACAGCAGCAGCUGUUUUGCCGCAGAGAGAGGGUUAA